UAGAAAGGGUAAAUCCCGCCCACGAUAUGAAAAAAAAUUCAAGUUGGCGCCAUUGCUGAGGUCACUGAAACCCUCGAUUCUCUUCACAGCGACUGCGAGAGGAGAGCAGCUAACCAGUGGACUCCACACUCAACCAUGGCGGAGCCAAGCACUCUCAUGGACAUCGACGAAGAUGACAAUUCAUCUCUAAAAACCAGCAACAACAAAGGCAAAAACGUCGCCGUCGCUGCCCCUUCCCACGGCAAAGCCACGCCGUGGGUCGAGAAGUACCGCCCUCAUUCCCUCGCGGACGUCGCUGCUCACCGCGACAUUGUCGACACCAUUGAUAGGCUCACUAGUGAGAACCGAUUGCCACACCUCCUAUUGUAUGGUCCUCCUGGAACUGGCAAAACUUCAACGAUACUUGCUGUGGCACGCAAGCUGUAUGGAGCACAGUACCACAAUAUGAUUUUGGAGUUGAAUGCAUCCGAUGACAGGGGGAUCGAUGUUGUGCGACAACAGAUUCAAGAUUUUGCUAGCACGCAGAGUUUCUCGUUUGGGGGUGAGAGUGCAAAGUCAUCUGUCAAAAUGGUCUUGCUGGAUGAGGCAGAUGCUAUGACAAAGGAUGCUCAAUUUGCUUUGCGAAGAGUGAUUGAGAAAUACACAAAGAACACUAGGUUCUCACUAAUCUGCAAUCAUGUCAACAAGAUUAUUCCAGCAUUACAAUCCAGAUGUACUCGUUUUCGAUUUGCUCCACUAGAGGAGUUUCAUGUCUCGGAGAGACUUAAACAUGUUAUAGAGGCUGAAGGGCUUGAUGUGCCUGCGAGUGGUUUAGUGGCAGUUGUACGGCUUAGCAAUGGUGACAUGAGAAAGGCUUUGAACAUUUUGCAGUCAACUCAUAUGGCUUCACAGCAGAUAACUGAAGAAGCAGUAUAUCUUUGCACAGGAAAUCCAUUGCCCAAAGAUAUUGAGCAAAUGUCUUACUGGCUUUUGAACGAAUCAUUUGCUGAGAGUUUCAAAACAAUAUCUGAUAUGAAAGCAAGAAAAGGAUUGGCUUUGAUAGAUAUUGUAAGAGAAGUGACCAUGUUCGUUUUUAAGAUUCAGAUGCCAGCAGAUGUUCGCGUUCAGUUGAUUAACGAUUUAGCUGACAUAGAGUACAGGUUGACCUUUGGGUGCAACGAUAAGUUGCAACUCGGAUCACUGAUAGCCACUUUCACAAAAGCUCGAUCUGCACUUGUUGCUGCUGCGAAGUAAUUGUGCUCGUCUAAUAUGCAGGUUUUGGUCCAUUACUCCGUUAAUGCAAACGUCAGGAGGAUGUCAGGAUGUUAUAUAACCUUGUGUCUAGUUUUCAAACUUCAGUAGAAUCCUGGGAAACCAUUGAGAGCUGUUGUGUUUAUGGUUGCGAAUCUGGACAUGAGUAAGCGUCAAACAUGUCCCGAGCACGAGCACGAGCACGAGUAUAAUGUCGAACUAAUUCUCAAACCGUAUGCGUACGAGAAAUUCAAACUCCAAUCUUAUUAAAAUCUUCGAGUUGCUAGCA